AUGGUAGUGUUUUUUGGCUUAACCAACUCCUUAGUGACUUUCCAAGCCAUGAUAAAUAUGAUUUUCCAAAAACUCAUCAUAGCUCACAAAAUAACCAUAUACAUGGAUGACAUCCUCAUUUUUUCCAAAUCUAUGGCAGAACACAUCCACAUCUUCUAUCAAGUCUUUCAGAUCCUAUGUGACAAUGACCUUUACAUAAAACCAGAGAAACAUGAGUUUUAUAAGGAAAAACUUAACUACCUGGGGUACACAAUUUCAAAAGACUACAUCACCAUAAAAAACUCUAAAGUGGACACAAAAAAGGAUUGGCCAAUCAUAUGUAUGGUUCAAGACAUUUGCUCUUUCUUAGGUUUAGGAAAUUUUUACAGAAGGACAAAAAAUAAAAUUGGACUGACAAAUGCCAAGAAGCCUUUGAAUGUCUAA